GAUGAAUUGCGUUCAGCAGCAGCGAGGUGUACAUUGGUUGCUCUCUCCUUGUGUUGAGUCCCAGUCCCAGGUGUUGGUGCCAGUGUACGGAACACUGAAAUAACCGUUUUCCCAACACUCUAAACUCCGAACCUUCCCAACGCAUAGCAUUACAACGUAACCCUCUUUCGACUCACCACACUAUCCAUAUAUAUAACAAACAACACAAACCAACGUUCCUUCAUUUCUUCAUUUCUUCAUUACUUCAUUCACUAACACCGCAUCCACAUUCACAUUCCGAUGACCACCGGAGGAGGAGGAGGAGCAGGCGCCGGCGACUCCGCAGUGGGAGUUCGGAUCCAGCAGCAGAGCCGAAUGGCGCUCCCAGAUUUCCUUCAGAGCGUGAAUCUCAAGUACGUGAAAUUAGGUUACCACUACUUGAUCUCCAACCUCUUAACCCUAUUUCUAGUUCCUUUGAUCCUCAUCACGCUAAUCCAGGUCUCCCAGACCACCGACCUCCACCACCUCUGGCUCCACCUCCAGUACAACCUCCUCACCAUCCUUACCUGCUCCGGCGUCCUCGUCUUCGGCCUCACGCUUUACGCCGUCACGCGCCCACGCGCUGUCUACCUUGUAGACUCUGCCUGCUUCCGCCCCGCCGACCACCUCAAAGCGCCCUUCCGGAGUUUCAUGGACCACUCCCGCCUCACGGGAGACUUCGAGGAGUCGUCCCUGGAUUUCCAGCGCAAGAUCCUGGAACGCUCUGGGCUCGGGGAGGAGACCUACGUCCCCGAGGCCAUGCACUCUAUUCCGCCGCAGCCGUCGAUGGCUGCGGCCAGAGCGGAGGCGGAACAAGUCAUGUUUGGUGCCUUGGAUAAUCUCUUCCAAAACACCAGCCUUAAGCCUAAGGAUAUUGGUAUUCUUAUUGUGAAUUGUAGCUUGUUUAACCCUACGCCCUCGCUCUCGGCGAUGAUUGUUAAUAAGUACAAAUUGAGAGGGAACAUUAGGAGCUUUAAUUUGGGAGGGAUGGGGUGCAGUGCUGGGGUUAUUGCGGUUGAUCUUGCAAAGGACCUUUUGCAGAUUCAUAGGAACACUUAUGCCGUGGUUGUUAGCACUGAGAACAUUACUCAGAAUUGGUACUUUGGGAACAAGAAGUCCAUGCUCAUCCCCAAUUGCCUCUUCCGGGUGGGCUGCUCCGCACUGCUGCUGUCGAACAAGCUGGCCGAUCGGAGGCGGGCGAAGUACCGGCUUGUCCAUGUUGUGAGAACUCAUCGCGGUGCCGAUGACAAGGCGUUCCGGUGUGUUUACCAGGAGCAGGAUGAUGCUGGCAAGACUGGAGUUUCUUUGUCAAAGGAUUUGAUGGCAAUUGCUGGUGGAGCAUUGAAAACCAACAUCACCACACUCGGUCCUUUGGUGCUACCAAUUAGUGAGCAGCUUCUGUUUUUUGUGACUUUGCUGAUGAAGAAGUUAUUCAAGGCUGAUGUGAAGCCUUACAUACCGGAUUUCAAGCUUGCUUUUGAUCACUUUUGCAUACAUGCUGGAGGCAGGGCUGUGAUUGAUGAGCUGGAGAAGAACCUGCAGCUGCGUCCUGAGCAUGUGGAGGCUUCUAGGAUGACCCUGCACCGAUUUGGGAACACUUCCUCUAGCUCCAUUUGGUAUGAGUUGGCUUACAUUGAAGCCAAAGGGAGGGUGAGGAAGGGCAACAGGGUUUGGCAAAUUGCAUUUGGAAGUGGUUUCAAAUGUAACAGUGCUGUUUGGCAGGCACUGAGAAAUAUUAAGCCUUCUCCUAAUGGACCAUGGGAAGAUUGCAUCGAUAAGUAUCCUGUGGAAAUUGUCACAUAGUUCAGUUCAGUUACAUACUCUGGUUGUUACAAUUGAAUUCAGGGUACCCUUCAUUAGUUUCCAGAUCCACUGUCUAUCUAUGUUGUAGAUUUCAUAGUGUAUUUCACUGCCUCUUUUGUGUUUGAUGAUUGUGGAUUUUCCAUUUGGUCAAAUUCAUGUAUCUGGAGUAAUUAUUAUAUGGGAAUACCUGAAUUUUUUUA